GCAGCGGGCCACCAGGCGGAGCAGCAGGCAGCGGGCCACCAGGCGGAGCAGCAGGCAGCGGGCCACCAGGCGGAGCAGCAGGCAGCGGGCCCCCGGGCGGAGCAGCAGGCACCGGGCCCCCGGGUGGAGCAGCAGGCACCGGGCCCCCGGGCGGGGCAACAGGCACCGGCCCCCUGGCGGGGCAACAGGCACCGGCCCCCUGGCGGGGCGACCGGCAUCGGGUCCCCAGGCGGGGCGACCGGCAUCGGGCCCCCAGGCGGAGCGGCGGGCAUCGGGCCCCCAGGAGGGGCGACAGGCAUCGGGCCCCCAGGCGGGGCGACAGGCAUCGGGCCCCCAGGCGGGGCGACAGGCAUCGGGCCCCCAGGCGGAGCGGCGGCGGGCGCUGGACCCCCAGGCGGAGCGACAGGUCUCGGGCCCUCAGACGGAGCGGCGGGCGGCGCCGGACCCCCAGAUGGAGCGACAGGUCUCGGGCCCUUAGGCGGAGCGGCGGGCGCCGGACCCCCAGGUGGAGCGACAGGUCUUGGGCCCUCAGGCAGAGCGGCGGGCGCCGGACCCCCAGGUGGAGCGACAGGUUUCUGGCCCUCAGGCAGAGCGGCGGGCCCUGGACCCCCAGGUGCAGCGACAGGUCUCGGGCCCUCAGGCGGAGCGGCGGGCGCCGGACCCCCAGGCGGAGCGACAGGUCUCGGGCCCUCAGGCGAAGCGGCGGGGCACCGAGUCACCAGGCACGACAGUGGGCUCCGAGUCAACUGGCAUGACCGCUGGCACUGG